GCGGGCCUGUAGAGCGCGCUGAACGGCACCUUUAGGACCCAGAUUGAAGCAAGAUGGCGAGCGCGCGCUACAGGUUUUAGAGGCAGUUUCUCUUCGCAAUACCAUUUUUUUCAAGUCACUUGCUAAGGAUCAUGGCGGCGGCAGUAAAAUGGGCGAGAUCAAACAGAACCAUCUGGAAGCAUUUAUUUCCAAUCCAAAAUGGAGCUUUAUCUAGCGCUUGUCACAAAUCCACAUAUUCUUCUCUUCCGGAUGACUACAACUGCACAGUGGAGCUCGCGUUGACCUCUGACGGCAGGACGAUAGUGUGCUUCCACCCCUCUGUGGACAUCCCCUACGAGCACACCAAACCCAUCCCUCAACCAGAUCUUCUGCACAACAAUGAGGAAACUCACGAGCAGAUACUGAAGACCAAGUUAGAAGGAAAGAGCAAGCACUUGGAGCAAGGGCCCAUGAUAGAACAACUGAGCAAGGUCUUCUUCACCACGAAGCACCGCUGGUACCCGCACGGACAGUAUCACAGUCGGCGUAAGAAACUGAAUCCUCCCAGGGACAGGUGACUGACUGCUCUUGGUUCUCUGAGCGCCAAGGAGAUCUUGCUUUGUGUCUCAUUUGCCAGCUGAGAAAGUGUACAUGGUAUAUUCAUUAAGAUGGCAUACAGGAAAAUAAUAAAAUACCUUUCAUGUA